AUGGCUGAUGGUUGUUUAAAUUGUCGUUUACUUCUAUCAUUUAUUUGUAUAUUAAAUUUUCUUAUUUCAAUAACACUUAAAAUAAAUCAAACAUGGUUACAUGUUUCAUGGUUUUUAAUAUUUAUACCAAUAUGGAUAUUUAAUUUGAUAUCAUUAUGUAUAAUUGGAUAUUUAAUUUUAAUAAAAAAAUGGCUACAAAAAAAAGAAAAAUGUUUAAAAAUAAUUUAUUAUUUAUUAAAUCUAUUAUCAUCAUGUGCAUUUGAAAUAUUAUUAUGUAUUAAAUUACAAUAUGAACCAGAUAUGCCAUAUUGGAUUGUAUUUUUACCAUUAUGGAUAUUAAUGUUUUUUAUUUUUAGUAUAAUAAUACAACAAAUGUAUAGAACAUGUCAAACAACAACGGAAAAAACGAUGUGA